ACCAAUGGCGUUGCGAGUCGUGGUGUUACAGCUGGAGGGAAUGCGGCUCGUCAACAAACGUUAGCCUUGGUUUCGCAUCAGCUGGAGCUCCAGGCGAAGUGUCUCCAAACUGGUUCGACGCCCUUCUCCCAGGUUUUUGUCAUCUUUUCUUCAAACGUUUGACGUUUAAUUCUGAAGCCGCUUUAAAGCUCUUCCUUUGUCGGAGCGAAAGUCGCUCACGGAGCUGUCAAACUGCUCUCUCCGCAGCCACAGAGGUGCCAACCAGCGUCAUGGCCACAGCGCAGUCAGUCUUGCUGCUAGCGGUGCAUAUUCUGCUCAUCUCAGAGUUUCUCCUGGCCAAGAGAGACUACUACGACGUGCUGGGGGUGCGUAAAGAUGCCACCGAGCGCCAGAUCAAGAAGGCUUUCCAUAAGCUGGCCCUUAAGUACCAUCCCGACCGUAACAAGGAACCAGAUGCCGAAGCCAAGUUCAGAGAAAUAGCGGAGGCAUAUGAAACCUUAUCAGAUGAUAAGAGAAGGCAAGAGUAUGACCAGGUUGGUCAUGGCCCAUCACCAGGGGAAGGCCAUACAGGAGGAGGAGGCAACUAUAACUUCAGGCAGCACUUCCACUCCUUCAACUUUGAUGACAUUUUUAAAGAUUUUGCUCAUCAUCAUCAACAACAUCACCACCACUUUCACACCCACGCCCACUCGCAACAUCAAGCCCACCACAAGAGACACUUUGAAAGCCACUUCCAGGCUCACCGUGAGGCUGUGAACAGGCAGAGGCGACAGGCCGGCUUCAGUGGGGGAUUCUUUGACGACGUGUACGAGGACUUGGAGAAGAUGUUCUCCUUCAACGCACACGGUUCCCGGCCUGAGGGUGGGUUCCACAACUCAGGAAAACAGCACUGCAGGACGGUGACCCAGCGAAGAGGGAACAUGGUGACCACCUUUACUGACUGCUCCUGAGUCCAACUGAAAUCAUUAUCUUGGGACACUUUAAAAUGGGAUGCUACAGUAAUUUAUCACUUUUUUUGUAAUUUCCUGUGUAAUUUCUUCUAAGAACAAAUAGCUAAGCCAGCCUGAUAAACAGGAGCUUCUAAGCAAUAACACGCUCAUUAUUGCUCUUAGCAUUAGCAUCCUGAUAUAUACUAGGUUCAUCAGAUACCUCUCCAUUGUUUAGAUUUCCAGUUCCAAUGUGUUUACUUGUUACUUUUUGUGAUGGUACAAUCUACAAGACUCAGGUGUGGCCUAAAUUUAAAAGAUAAUUACCUUAUUUUCUUUAAGAACAGUGAUGCAGUUAAGACUUAUUAAUGUAAAAACAUUAUGUGGCUCAAUAGGCCAUACCAUCAUUACACUCUCUGCCAAGGUAUGCUAAACCUUAGCAUUAUGCACUCUAUAUUUGUACAAUAUGCUUUGAUUAGACUCCAAUUUAAUUCCACAGUUAACACAAGCUUGUCAUUCUGCAGCGUAUGUAAGUUGGCCAUCAUCAACUGUUACCUCGUUUAAGUUUUGUUCUGAUGAGUUGCGAUCUACCUUCACUCAGUCUGGAAAAUAACACCAGUCCCAUGACAAACACUGGUAAGCCUAGCAACAGGUCAGCAGUUGUGUAACCAGUUGUGCUACUGGUAUCAAACCCCUGGAGCUGCUUGCCAGUGAAGCUGGUUGGUCGGACAAGUUUAAAUUUCCUGAACUGAUCAUAAUGUGCAAUAUUUAGCGCCUUCGUGUUGCCUAUCAUUUGACAGUGCAAUGUUAAUAUCAUUGUCUGAUGUCUGCACUUUGUGUGUGUGUGUGUGUGUGCGCGUGCGUGCGUGCGUGUGUGUGUGUGUGUGUGCAUGUGUGCGCAUUGAGUGCCUUGAAUGUUGAUUAGUUGCAUAAAGUUUAAAGAAUGAAUAAAGAGUUCAAAUAAUA